GAUUACGACUUUGGUUUCCCGAGACUACUCAUCGGAAAAGAGGGUGAUUACAACCACGAUCAGGCAAAGAGCUUCUCUUACGUUGAGAUGAGAAGACGUUGGAGCGAGGACAGCAGAGCAGAGGAUAAAAUGGAUAUGUUAUGGGAAGAUCUCAAUGAAGAUUUGCCUCCGAGGAGCCAGAGUCUGAGGAUUGUAUCCGGUGGGGAUGGUGGAGGAGAGAAGAAAACUUCUUUCUUGUCCGAUGAGAGCUCCGCCGUUGCCGUGGGGUGCGGGAUGGGGAUGAAGUUAACGAAGAGUACACCGAAGAAGAACAAGAAGAGGAAGAAUCUGGACGUGUUGGUGUUGAUGAGGGUUUUGAAGAAGCUUAUUGUUUUGAGGAGUUCGUCUCAUAGAUCGUCGGUGAAAACUCAUCCACGGUGAUCAUCGAUCUCCACCGUGAUGAUUAAUUGGUGGGGUUAUAUUGUAGACUUCGUAAUUUAUGGGGCUUUUGUGGAGAAAAUUUGUAACUAUCUGAAAAAUGCUUUAUUUGUAGUUUUGAGGGUGGUUUACAACAA